CACAAGACAUCACAACUCAAAGAAACACAUAUAAAAAGGCCAACAUAGAAAAACCAUUUAGCAAUUACAGAGAAAGUUCAACUUUUUCCACCAUUAUGGAUGAAGUAGUGGACGACACACCCUUCUGGCUCCAAAGUGGUGCCGCCAGCCACCGCGGCCGCCACCUCCGCCGCUCAUACUCCAUGAUAUUCAGCUCCGGGGCGGUUCUCAUUAUCCUUCUGGUGGCUGCAACUGCAUUCAUCUUAAUCAUAGCACCUACAUUACAUUCUUUCAGUUCACACAUUCUUAAACCCCAUUCAGUGAAGAAAAGCUGGGAUUCACUCAACUUUGUUCUGGUUCUCUUUGCCAUACUAUGUGGCUUCCUCAGCAAGAACAACACCACUACCACCAACGACACCCCACGUUCCUCCUCCUAUCAAGAUCAAACCUUCAUUGAAGCAACGCAAUCACAAGACUAUGCUAAACAAAACCCAGAAACACCAAUGCAUUGGUAUGAAUACUCUGAGAGAACACCCUCUUAUAACAGGUUGAGGAGUUUCAACUCCUACCCUGAUCUCCGCCAAGAGUCGUGGAUCGCCGCCGAAGAACGAUGGAGAUUUUACGAUGAUACCCACGUUAGAGGUUACCGCGAGGUGGGCAUCGACCACAACGAGAACCGAGAACUCCGUCGCAGGCCGUCAAGACCAGCUGCCGGAGAAGAACAAAAAGAAGAAGAGCAGGGGAUCAUUAAGAACAUUGAAGUUGACACCUUUGAAGUUCGUACGACCAAAGUCCCCAGCUCGCCGCCGGUACCAGCAGCGGUUCCACCAUCGCCGCCGGUACAAGCAGCAGUUGCACCAUCGCCGCCGCCGGCACCACCACCUUUACCCAGUAAAGAUCGUCCAAGACAUUCCCGAGUGAUUGAGAAGCCGAAGUAUGAAGAAUCGGGAGUUGAAAGCAUAAGACAACGACACUCACCGCCACCACCUCCCCCGCUUCCUGCGGUGCACAAUAAGAACAAGAGAGGGAGUGCAACUAAGGAGUUCUUCACGUCUUUGAAGGGAAAAAAUAGGAAGAAACAAAGGCAGCGCAGCUUCGAGAAUUUCGAAAGCAUUCUGAAUUCUGAACCUCCUCCUACUCUGCCUCCACGACAACCACCCCCACCACCACCUAUGCCACCACCGCCUUCGGUUUUUCAGAAUCUUUUCUCUAAGAAAAGCAAACAUAAAAAGGGUCACCCAGAUGUUUCAUCAUCAAGAACCAAACCGCAGGUUGUUGUGGCAAAGGCUAAUGUUAAGCCCCAUCUUAGAGAGAAUAUCUCAACUUUGGAAGAAAACGUUAUUACUGGUAACGAGUCACCCUUGCUGCCAAUACCUCCACCGCCGCCUCCGCCGCCAUUUAAACUGCCGGCGUGGAAGUUCCUGGUGCAGGGUGACUAUGUUAGAGUAGAUAGCAUUAGUAGUUCAAGUAGUGGUUCGCCAGAUUUGGAUGAAGAUGUUGUGGAUUCACCCAGCAGUGAGGCAAGUCAAUGGGAUAAUGAUAAUAGUCCUUCUUCUCCACAAGGUGGGGAUUUAGAACCUGAAAUAAUGUUGUUCUAUCCCAGCCCUGAUGUUGAUACCAAAGCUGGUACUUUCAUUGAAACAUUCAGAGCUGGUUUGAGGAUGGAAAAGAUCAACUCCACCAGGGAGAAGCAGGGAAUAGGGAGAUCCAAUCUUGGACCUUCAACAUAUUUGGAAAGAAAUGGACCCAAGUUGAAGUUACGAAAUUGAGAUUUUGUCUUUGUUUAUCAGAUUGUUUUGUUCUUUGUAUUCGUUUGUUCAUUUCUUUUUUGUUACAGUAAAUUGUUAUCAUGUACCAAUUGAGAUCAAGUUCGAUAGUACCACACAGUAUAGAAGAACAGGAGUUUUAUUUCC